GUGCUGUUAUUGUUCCGCCGUGCGGCCCCGCGGCUCCUGCGACCGGCGGCGAUUCACGGCCGCGCCGCCAUGCCGAUCAACAAGCCUGAGAAGCCGGACAGGCCAGAGAGCUGUGAUAAUGUCAAGGUGGUUGUUCGGUGCCGGCCCCUUAAUGAGCGAGAGAAAGCGACGGGGUACAAAAUGGCAGUCAGUGUGGAUGAGAUGAGAGGAACCAUCACAGUCCACAAAGCAGACUCGUCCAAUGAACCUCCUAAGACAUUCACGUUUGACACUGUUUUUGGACCAGAGAGUAAGCAGCUGGAUGUCUAUAACCUAACUGCAAGACCUAUUAUUGACUCCGUCUUGGAAGGCUACAAUGGCACCAUUUUUGCAUACGGGCAGACUGGAACAGGCAAGACUUUUACCAUGGAAGGGGUCAGAGCAGUUCCUGAGCUCAGAGGCAUUAUUCCAAAUUCCUUCGCCCAUAUAUUUGGUCACAUUGCCAAAGCAGAGGGGGAUACAAGGUUUUUAGUUCGUGUGUCUUACCUGGAAAUUUACAAUGAAGAAGUGCGGGAUCUGCUAGGAAAAGACCAGUCACAGAGGUUAGAGGUUAAAGAGAGACCUGAUGUGGGAGUUUAUAUCAAAGACCUUUCAGCUUAUGUCGUAAACAACGCAGAUGAUAUGGACAGAAUCAUGACUCUGGGCCACAAGAACCGUUCUGUUGGUGCCACAAACAUGAACGAGCACAGCUCUCGCUCGCACGCCAUCUUCACCAUCACCAUCGAGUGCAGUGAGAAGGGAGUUGAUGGGAACAUGCACGUGCGCAUGGGCAAACUGCACCUCGUGGAUCUUGCUGGUUCUGAAAGACAAGCAAAAACCGGAGCAACGGGGCAGCGACUGAAGGAAGCUACUAAGAUCAACCUCUCUCUUUCUACCCUGGGGAAUGUCAUUUCAGCUCUGGUGGAUGGCAAAAGCACUCAUGUGCCCUACCGCAACUCCAAGCUUACGCGACUCCUUCAGGAUUCCCUGGGGGGCAACUCCAAAACCAUGAUGUGUGCAAACAUUGGUCCAGCAGACUACAAUUACGAUGAGACUAUCAGCACUCUGAGAUAUGCAAACAGAGCCAAGAACAUUAAGAACAAGGCCAGGAUUAAUGAGGACCCCAAGGAUGCUUUGCUGCGUCAGUUUCAGAAAGAAAUUGAAGAGCUUAAGAAAAAACUGGAAGAAGGAGAAGAGAUAUCUGGUUCUGAGACAAGUUCUUCUGAAGAAGAAGAUGAAGAGGAUGAUGGGGAGAUUGGAGAAGAUGGGGAGAAGCGGAAGAAACGGCGUGAUCAAGCAGGGAAAAAGAAAGUUUCCCCUGAUAAGAUGGUAGAGAUGCAAGCAAAGAUUGAAGAGGAGAGAAAAGCUCUUGAAACUAAGCUUGAUAUGGAAGAAGAAGAAAGAAAUAAAGCCAGAGCUGAACUGGAGAAGAGAGAAAAAGAUUUGCUUAAAGCUCAACAAGAGCACCAGUCCCUGCUGGAGAAACUGUCUGCGCUGGAGAAGAAGGUGAUUGUAGGAGGAGUGGACUUGCUGGCAAAAGCAGAAGAACAAGAGAAGCUUCUAGAAGAAUCAAAUAUGGAGCUGGAAGAACGAAGGAGGAGAGCAGAGCAGCUUCGCAAAGAACUCGAGGAGAAGGAGCAAGAACGCUUGGACAUUGAGGAGAAGUACACCAGCCUCCAGGAGGAAGCACAGGGAAAAACAAAAAAACUGAAGAAAGUUUGGACCAUGCUUAUGGCUGCAAAAUCAGAGAUGGCAGAUCUGCAACAAGAGCAUCAGAGAGAGAUUGAAGGCUUACUGGAGAACAUUCGGCAGCUGAGCAGGGAACUUCGUCUCCAGAUGCUUAUCAUAGACAACUUCAUUCCUCAGGACUACCAGGAAAUGAUUGAGAACUAUGUUCACUGGAAUGAAGACAUUGGAGAAUGGCAGCUGAAAUGUGUUGCAUAUACAGGAAACAAUAUGAGGAAGCAGACUCCUGUCCUGGACAAGAAAGAAAAAGAUCCCUUUGAGGUGGACCUUUCCCAUGUUUACUUAGCUUACACUGAAGAAAGCUUGAGGCAAUCUCUGAUGAAGCUAGAGAGGCCGAGGACUUCAAAGGGAAGAUCCAGGCCCAAGACUGGUCGAAGAAAACGUUCUGCAAAGCCAGGCGCUGUCAUUGACUCCCUGCUGCAGUAGGUGUGACGUGUUCAGAAUUGCCGUAAAAAGCAGUGAGUGUGAAAGGUUUGCCCAGAAUAUGGAAGUUGAGAUGGCACAGCUUGAAGUGGCUGUAGAAUCCAUGCCUUGCUGGGGUGGAGCUUUAAUUAAAAAAUGAUAUGUAUUUUUCCUUAGUUGCCUGUAUACUGUAUGUUAUAUUAACAUAAUAUUAAACUGGUCUAUUUUAUGGUUGUGGAAUUCCAUGUGUUAAACAAUGUGUUGUGCAGGGAACUUUUGUUGGUAAUCCUUGAAAUGUAGAGGAAAUGAGGACUCUAGGUGUGUUCAAGUACUAGUCAUAAUAGCUCCAAAUGGUCGAUGGAAUCCUAAAACUUAAUGCUGGUAAAUCUGUGUCCUGCUUUGCACAUCACUGGCAGCUUUCACUGUUGUCUUCUGUUGCACUGAUCCGUUUGAAUGUGGUUGCUGCAAACCUUUGAGUUAAGAGCAUCGAGCCUUUUUAUUUCAGUAUUUCACUGUAGUUAUUAAGCUGAUCAUGUUGUGUAUUUGAGACACAACUCUCUUCAUCUGCAGUCUUGCUGUACAAAAAGUAGUUGGGUAGAAGAGUACUUAGAGCUACAGUAGCCUGAGGUUUGUGGGAAGGGACCAUGCUCUGUUUAAGUGCAACGCUAGUAGUCUAAUGCUUUGAUUUUUGUCUAUUUGUGUGAUCUGCUGGCAACGUGGAGAGUGAGGGCUGAUGCACAGAUAAGAGAGCUGUUUUCCUCCUCUGAAGGCUGCAUUGCUGCAUUGCUUUGGCUGCUUUUCAUGCUUAUGAGCUGGAAGUGGUUUCAAUUGGUGUGAAUUGUUUUGUUGUGAUCUGGACAGCAGAGAUUAUUUGAGGGGAAGGCUUUAACACCAGGGGGACUGAACACUAUGGCUCCAUUUGUCUCACCCCUGGAUGCAGCUGAGGAUGAAUUUCUCCUGUCUUAGGAUAGGUGUGAAUUUCCCAGUUGUCCCAGUGCUGCAACAUCCCCUGAAAUAGCUGAUGCUGUUCGUGUCUGUGUGCACCAUCUCCUCUUUCUGACUGCUUUGAGGGGAAAGAAAUCUGGUCUCUGCUGAUAACCAUUUAUGGUGGCUGCUCUUUUUCUUUGCUUUUUGUGCUGCUGACAGACACUGAACCUCUCAAUACGUUGCUUUUGUGUCACAGAAAUGAAUCUGCUUUGGGCUGUGUGCUGCAUCAACUCCUGCUGGAGCACAGCAGUUGCAGGUACCUUAGCAGUUCCCUUGUCAGUGUGGUGUUAAUUAGGUAUGAUUUUCAUUUAAUCUCCAUGCUUCCUAGAGUUACAAAAAAAAAGCUGUGACUAAUAACACAAACUGAAUACUUGAGCUUGGUUAUACCAAGCAAGCAAAGAGCAAGACAACUCCUUGGUGUCUCAUGCCUGAUCGUAGCCAUGUCUGCAAUUACCAGAACAUUCCUGUGCAGUGCUGACUGCACUUGGAGCAGAUUGCCCUUUCUCAUGGUCACACUGUUGAGCUGGAUGCACCUCACCAGUCUGUAGCAGCUCCAGCUGUGACAGUUACCAUGGGUCUUGCAGGGGCACCUGUUGAUCUGGAGCUGCAUUCAGUGCAAUUCAAAAAGAGCUCUCAGCUUCCCCUGUGCUUUUUCUGAAGUGUUUCUUCAGAUUGUGCUGAGGGAGGAGAACCUGGUGGUCAUCUUGGGGGAGAAGUGAGCAGGCCUGGCUUUGUCACCCAAACGCGUCAAAGCUACGGCUGCAAACACUGGCAGUUGUUUCUGGUCCAGCAUUUGGAAAGAGGUGAGGAGUCAGGAUUUUUGUCUGAUCUAAACUAGUUAGAUUUCUUCUGGAGGAGUUCACCUUGUUCUGAAUGUGCUCCAGCUAAGAAUAUCGUGUUGAAUUUGACAGCUAAGACAGACUGAAAAUAUCUCAAAUGCCAGUUUAGAAACAGGCAGGGAUGUUCUAGACUGAGCAGAAAACAAGGGCAAACUUUAUUUCCUCUUGUUUAAUGUUUUGCUGUGCUUUCCUCUGUUGAAUAAUCGGUUCUUAAGGGUGUUUCUCCUGAACUGUACUUUAAUUCUCUGAAUUCUUCACUCAGCAGAUCAUCAGCAAAUGAAAACUGGGACUGUGCAUCCUGACUCUGCAUUUACAACACGUAAAAUCUAACAAGGAAGGGUUGAAUUCCUGUUAUUUCUGCUGAAAACAAAAGUGCUCUGCAUGUUGUAAAGACCCGUGAGGCAGAGAAAAACUUCAAGUAAAUAAUUGCACUGCUUUGUAAUUAGAUUUGGGAGGAACUGGUUGUGAUUUCCUGGUACAGGGGCUUGUUUUGGAGAACAAAUUCUCUGCUCUUACCAGAGGACUUUGUUUUGAUGUAGAACAGUCUUCAUGAUGAUCUGUCAGCUUGGCUUACAUUUUCACUGUGCUGUUUUGCUUAAGUUUUGGAAACUUCCUUUCACAACAGAGCCCUGCUUGCAGGUUUGCUGUAUGGGCCCUCUCUGCAGCUCUGGACAGUCUGCAAUAAUGUCAAAUGUCCCUUUACCAUGUCUUAAAGGAGAAGGACUUAAGUUUGUGUGUGUUUUUGAUGGCUCAGUUGAUGGAGCCAUCUUCAUCCCAGGCCCGUCCAUGCCACUUAACUCUAGCAUGCAUAUGAUGUCUAUUCAUUCCUUGCAUCUUGUCACCAAAGCUUCCCCUCAUUCCAGCAAAUCGCAGAGAGUUUCUCUGGCCGUGUUGUUUAAUGCAGUGUAAAUGAAUCAUUUCAGAAUUAACUUGUUAUGGAACCUUUCUUCAGGUUCAAGGGAAGUGAAAAUGGUCCUUAGUGCCUUUCAGUAACUAACUCAGUCUGCACACCCAGCUCUCACCUUUCUCAGCAGUUCUGCUUAGCCAGUUCUGUACAGAAGAAAAACUGCUUAUCUGUUUCUAUAACGUGUCUGGCUAUUUAUUUGUUUUCCAACUGUUUAUUUUAAUAUCCUUUGUUGUAUGGUUAAAUUUUAUUCCCUACGCUGUACAUAUCAGUAUUGUGUUCCUGGAGCAUGAAAUAAAAUCGUUGAUUCCUAGUU